AGCCCCGAAGGGUCAAAAGGAAUACAAAAGCAAAGUGUGUUUGCUUCCUGUGAGCCGUUGUUCUUUCUCGGUUUCUUUUCUAGUUUUUUAAGAGCGAGUGGCCUUGGCGGCGACGGUUUGCGUUAAGCGCUGCGGAGGUGAGGGAGGCUCGCCUCCCGCGCUCUGGUAGUUUUGAGGUGCUGACAACCAAAAGAUCCUGCUGCUUUUAUUUCUUCCCUGAGUUCCAGAAAUUGCUCCAAAGAGCUCGAGGAAUUUUGCAAAGUCACAGAGACAAGGUGAUCCUGCUUCUGUCCUGAGCAUCUGGCUGCAGGCAUCUAGUGGUGCUGCAUCCCUACAUCCAGAGAAGCUGCACUGUGGGCCUUCUCUCAGCUCUGCGACCUCCCUGCUUUACAGACUGGACUUGACUGCUAAAGGGCCUUGAGUACCUGAGAGUCUCCAUUGGAAUCUGCUUUGGAAGCAAGAACAGACUAUUCCAUCAUGGAUGGAGGGGAUGAUGGUAACCUUGUCAUCAAAAAGAGGUUUGUGUCUGAGGCAGAACUAGAUGAGCGGCGUAAAAAGAGGCAAGAAGAAUGGGAGAGGGUUCGAAAACCAGAAGAUCCAGAAGAAUGUCCAGAGGAGGCGUAUGACCCUCGGUCUCUGUAUGAACGGCUGCAGGAACAGAAAGACAGGAAGCAGCAGGAAUAUGAGGAGCAGUUCAAAUUCAAAAACAUGGUAAGAGGGUUAGAUGAAGAUGAGACCAACUUCCUUGAUGAGGUUUCUCGACAGCAGGAGCUGAUAGAGAAGCAGCGACGAGAAGAAGAACUGGAGGAACUGAAGGAGUACAGAAGUAAUCUCAACAAGGUUGGAAUUUCUACAGAAAAUAAGGAAGUGGAGAAGAAGAUGACUGUGAAACCCAUAGAAACCAAGAACAAGUUCUCGCAGGCAAAGCUGUUGGCAGGAGCUGUGAAGCAUAAGAGCUCAGAGAGUGGCAAUAGUGUGAAAAGACUGAAACCAGAUCCUGACCCAGAGGACAAGGCUCAAGAGGCCCCAUCCUGCAUGUCUCUUGGAAGCUCUUCUCUGAGUGGACCUCCCUCCAUCCACUGCCCGUCUGCUGCUGUAUGCAUCGGCAUCCUUCCCGGCUUGGGUGCCUACUCUGGGAGCAGUGACUCCGAAUCCAGUUCAGACAGCGAAGGCACUAUCAAUGCUACGGGGAAGAUUGUCUCCUCCAUCUUCCGAACCAACACCUUCCUUGAGGCACCCUAGCUCCUGACAUUACCACAGGGAGCAUCUCCUCAGAGGGUUAGAUGCCAGUUCUGCCUUGGCGUCACCUCCCUCAAAAAACUUACUUACCUGCUUCCUGUGCACAUGUGACAUUUUAACUUAACUCAGAAAUGUGUCACGGUCCACUUGUGGCUCAAACUCAGCUUGAUUUCUCUAUACUGCAGUGCAGAUGACCAAACCUAUCCUGUUGAUAUGAGGAGUCAGGGUUCAGGCUAAUCUCAGAAAUGUCACUGACAGGGCAAGGACAGGCACCAGAUGGCUUGCAAGGGUUCGGUGUCCCUUGUUGCUGUCUUGUUUCUCUCCUCACUUAGCAGCACAGGAAGCAAGGGCAGCAUUAACUUCAUAUUCUGUUGUAGAUGAAUGGGUUGCUUGGUUCUACCAUGUUGUGUGUGGGCAUAGAGAAAGGGGCUGAUUAGCCGGUGACAUGGAGCUGUCCCCUAGAACUAACCCUUCCUGGAUGUUGUGUGGUUUAAGUAAAGAUUGCAAGCCACACCCACGAGGCUAUGAGCCAACUACAGCCCUUGAGGUGACACUCUUCCAUGUUCUCUCUCCAUCCAGCCUGCAGGGUGGAAGGAGCUAUAAUGAGGACAUGUCCGUCUUCUGCCCACCUUCUCUCCCUGAAAAAUUGUUUUGAUUUGUUUUUGAAAUAAAAGAUUUAGUUUAAGAUUCUGAA